AUGUUUAAAUUGGUGGUGUUGUCUGCUCUCGUAGCUAUCGCCGUAGCUAAACCAAGCGGUUGGGUAGCUAGUGCUCCAUUAGUAGAAACAUACAGUGUGCCAGUGGUAGCUGCAGUGCCAUCUGCUGUCAGUCAUUCUUACAGAAAAGAUGUCAUUAGCAAACCUGUUGUCGCUGCGUAUGCUGCUCCCGCCGUUGUUGCAACCCCGGUUAUUCAGAAAAUUGUUGCUCCAGUUGCAGUUCCCGCUGCUGUAAGCUACAGCCACAGAAGUGACAUCAUUAGCAAACCUUUGGUAGCAGCUUACCACGCUCCUGUUUUGGCUUAUUCUGCACAUGUACCUGCUGUCCAUGCUUGGUAAAGAGGGGA